UCUUCAUUCUCGGCAUUUAUGGGAGUUUUUCCUAAAAGACUUUGUCAUGAAAUCUUUGAUUGAGACUCAUAGGGCCCUAAAAUGCAUCUUCGGCGCCAAUUUAAUAAUUUAUUAAGCUUAUCUCAAUCUCUCUUAAUUUGUUCCACCUAUUUUGGUAGGGCAGAAAGAAUGCCUUGUUGUCCCACUCGUCCAGUCCAGUCCGAGUCCAAUUGUCGCAUCACAUAUGGAACAAGAAGCUUUUGUUAUGUCUGGUACCUCUGCAUACCAAACGCACCCCAAGGGUGUUGGUCUUGCAUUAGUUCCCUAACCUCAUACUCUUUUGUUGGUCUACAGUUGGAUUAUUGGAUUUCUGUGUUACGAUUGGACAAAAUGUUCAGAUGUGGAUCAAAGUCCCAAUUUAUGAGGUUGGAUGAUUUAGAUUCUAGAUCAUCAUCACCUUCUUCCUCAGUUGCCUUAAACAAACAUGGAUUUGAGGGAAUAAGUCGUCCGAAUCAUGCAACUGCAAUCCCCUCAAAAUCUUUCAAAAAGAGAAUUAGGAAAGGUUCCGAAGGACUUAUAUCAAUUGGUCGAUCACUUGGAUUUGGAGUUUCUCGUGCUGUGUUUGCAGAAGAUCUUAAGGUUUCAGAGAAAAAGAUCUUCGACCCUCAAGAUAAAUUCCUUCUCACAUGGAAUAAGUUUUUUGUUGUCUCCUGUAUUCUUGCCUUAUCUGUGGAUCCGCUAUUCUUCUAUCUUCCUGUCUUUGAUCAGUCUAAAACUUGCCUUGGGAUAGAUCGAAAGCUAGCCAUCAUAGUCACAACACUGAGGACCAUGGUUGAUUCCUUCUAUCUUAUUCACAUGGCACUUCAAUUCCGAACUGCUUACAUUGCCCCAUCAUCACGGGUUUUUGGACGUGGUGAACUUGUGAUAGAUCCUGCACAAAUAGCUAAGAGAUACUUGCGCUGGUAUUUUAUCAUUGAUUUUCUUGCUGUGCUGCCCCUGCCACAGAUUGUUAUCUGGAGAUUUCUACAGAGGUCUAGAGGUUCAGAUGUACUGUCUACAAAGCAAGCCAUAUUUUUCAUUCUUUUACUUCAGUAUAUCCCCAGAGUUGCACGAAUCGCGCCUUUGACUUCGGAACUGAAAAGGACUGCUGGUGUUAUUGCUGAAACUGCAUGGGCCGGUGCUGCUUAUUAUUUGUUGCUGUACAUGCUUGCUAGUCAUAUAGUUGGGGCCUUGUGGUACAUAUUGUCUGUAGAGCGUAAUGAUACAUGUUGGCAAAGAGCUUGCGAAAGAAGCAAUCACGAUACAAAUUUCUUGUAUUGCGGAAAUGACCACAUGCCAGGCUACGGUAGCUGGAGCAAUAUCAGUAGCUUGGUUUUAACAGAGGCUUGCACCCCAGAUGGUGACAAUCCACCAUUCGAUUUUGGAAUUUUCCAGCAGGCUCUGUUAUCGGGAAUCGUUUCAUCAAGGAAGUUCGUAUCCAAGUACUGCUACUGCCUCUGGUGGGGGCUGCAGAAUUUGAGUACUCUUGGGCAGGGGCUUCAAACCAGCACUUAUCCUGGAGAGUCUAUAUUUUCUAUUACACUGGCCAUAUCCGGGCUUAUUCUGUUUGCUCUGUUGAUUGGCAACAUGCAGACAUACCUUCAAUCUCUUACCAUCCGUCUUGAAGAAAUGAGAGUGAAGAGGCGUGACGCGGAGCAGUGGAUGCAUCAUCGAUUACUUCCGCAGGAUCUUCGUGAGCGUGUAAGGCGGUAUGAUCAGUACAAGUGGUUAGAAACUCGUGGAGUGGAUGAAGAGAAUUUGGUUCAGAAUUUACCCAAGGAUCUGAGAAGGGACAUAAAGCGUCACCUUUGUCUCUCUUUGGUCAAGAGGGUUCCUUUGUUUGAGAAGAUGGAUGAGAGGUUGCUUGAUGCGAUUUGUGAACGACUAAAACCGUGUUUAUACACGUAUAAUAGCUACAUUGUGCGAGAAGGAGAUCCGGUGGAUGAAAUGCUGUUCAUCAUACGUGGGCGGUUGGAGAGUGUAACGACGGAUGGUGGGAGAAGCGGUUUUUUCAACCGGAGCUUGCUUAAAGAAGGAGACUUCUGUGGAGAGGAGCUCCUAACGUGGGCACUUGAUCCGAAAUCCGGUUCUAACCUUCCAUCUUCAACUAGAACCGUUAUGGCUCUGAGAGAGGUGGAGGCGUUUGCAUUACCAGCUGAUGAGUUGAAAUUUGUUGCCGCGCAGUUUAGGCGGCUGCACAGCAGACAGGUACAACACACUUUCAGGUUUUACUCACAGCAGUGGCGGACUUGGGCGGCAUGCUUCAUUCAGGCAGCAUGGCGGAGAUAUUGCAAGAGAAAGCAGCGGCGCAAAGAGGAGGAAGAAGAAGAGGCCGCCCUCGGUGGUCCUCGCAGCCUUGGUGCUACAUUCUUGGUCUCGAGAUUCGCAGCCAAUGCGCUUCGUGGGGUCCAGCGGAACCGGGAUCGGGACCGGAAUCUAAAGACUGGUGGGGAAUUGGUGAAUUUACCAAAACCCCCAGAGCCUGAUUUUACUGCUGAUGCUGAUUAGCUCUGUUGUUUGUUAAUGUUGACAGUCCUUGUAGACUUGCUGUAACUGUAACUAAUGGUGGUAAAGACACCAUUUCUGUUGUGCCUUAUUCUGCAUUUGGAAAUAGGUAUGGCCUAAA